AUGUUCGAGUUUCCAAACAGCCCCCUUUCGCACCACUUCCUCUUCAAAAACCCUACUAAGUAGUGACCCUCCGUAUUUAACUUCUCUGGAAUCCCGCAAAAAAUUACUCGCUCUGCUCUCUAAAGCCCAACUCGACGAACUCGGUCAUAAGCUAAAAUGGCGCCGAAGAAGGAUAAGGCUCCGCCACCGUCAUCGAAGCCGGCGAAAUCCGGCGGCGGCAAACAGAAGAAGAAGAAAUGGAGCAAAGGAAAGCAAAAGGAGAAGGUGAACAACAUGGUUUUGUUUGAUCAGGCGACUUAUGACAAGCUUCUUAGUGAAGUUCCCAAGUACAAGCUUGUCACUCCUUCAAUUUUGUCUGACAGAUUGAGGAUCAAUGGCUCACUUGCACGAAGAGCAAUUAAGGAAUUGAUGGCCAGAGGUUCCAUUAGAAUGAUAGCUGCUCAUGCCAGCCAGCAGAUUUACACCAGGGCUACCAACACCUAGACAACCCAAAAUUUGUAUUUUUCUUUCUUCCCCUCAAAAGCAUUGAUGGAAAACUCCUUCCUACUGUUUUGAUUUUAUCCACACUAUGCCGGGAAGAAAGUUUUGAUUUAAUUCUUUUGGGCAAAUGUUUAUCAAGUCCCUUGGAUUGCUGAGUGAUUUUAGCGGAAUUUUGUUUGUUUAA